CAAAUCAAAGCAACCUUUGGAGUUGACAGUUAUUAGCGAAAUAUUUAGUUUCUACUGUCCAAUUCAAAAGUUUGUAAUGAAAUUCUGAUUUAGAUAUAUUUAAAUUUCAAUCAAAAUGUUUUAUGUUAAAUGUAACCAGCUGUUGUGACGGCAUAUGCUGAACAUUGCGAAAUACCCACUGGUAGUAUACCUGCUGGUUGACGAUAUAACAAAAUGGCUGUUGGAGGUGUACCAGAGCUAAGCGAGCUGACUGCAGCAGGAAUAGAUGAAAAUAGAGAGGAACAAGAACAAGAGAUAGAGGUGCUGUUGUCCAUUUAUGAGGGACAAGAUAGUAGAGUUGAGAUUUUGAGUCGAUCUGGUGGCAGUGGAGAAGAUGGAGCUUCUUAUGACCAGCAAAAUAUGCUGAAGCUGUAUGUGCCAGUCGUGUAUGGAAAUAAAGUGCCUGUAGAUGUGUUCCUACCACUGGAAAGUGAGUCUACAGGUGCGACCAAUGGUGUUACCUCCCCUUCUGGUGUUCAGCUGGCCAGAUCUGACUCAGGUCAGCGGGUUAUCUGGAAUUUCCCAGUAACCUUCCUUCCCCCUCUAGUCAUCCAGGCCUCUCUCCCACCGACCUACCCCUCCCACACUGCUCCUGACUACGUGGUUACCUGCCCUUGGCUCUCUCCCGCCCAGCUCAGUCUCGUGUGUCGGGAGCUGGAUGGACAGUGGGAGAAAAUGAAGGAAGAUGGGGGUGGGAGGGGGAUGUCAAUACUGUUCACAUGGAUGGAUUGGCUGACGGAAAACCUGACAAGGCUGAUAGGCUAUGAAGAUCAUGUGUAUGUAUCAGCGUAUGAAGUGGAUCAAGAUGUAGAUGAUUGCCGAGUCAUUGUAGAACCCAUGGACUUAAAUGACAUCAUAACACAUCUCAUGAGAUUCAACAGGGCGGAAGAGCUGCGCCAGUUUUACAAUGACAUCCAGUGCUGUGAAAUAUGUUACGAGGAAGGCCAGGGUUCAAAGUUUGUGCUGAUUCCCGAGUGUGGACACUUCAUGUGCCGGGAAUGUCUAACUGCACACUGUGAGCUACUUGUGAAGGAAGGAAAUGUUCUUAACAUCUUGUGUCCAAUGUCAGAGUGCAAAAGCCACAUACCAGCGUUUGUGUUAAAGGAGAUUCUGAGCAAAGAAGACUUUGACAGAUUUGAUUCUUUGAGCUUACAGAAAGCUCUGAAUGUGAUGUCUGAUGUGACAUGGUGCCCGCGUUGUAACAAGCCUGUAAUCUGUGAACCGGAACAGAACCUCUCAUUGGCCAUCUGUCUCAACUGCAUGUUCACAUUCUGUACUAUGUGCAUGGAACGGUCUCAUCAGGGGGAAGAAUGCGAAAAGGCAAGGACCGAAAGAGAAAAACAGGCUGCAGAUUCUGAAUUAAGGCGAAUGAAGGGCGAGGUAACAAUAGGAAUGCGGAAACGGGAGAGGGAGAAGAAACUUGAAAAUAAACGCAGUGACAACUAUAUACUGGAAAUGACAAAAAAUUGUCCCCUGUGCAAAUCACCAAUUAUGAAAACAGGAGGGUGUAACAAAGUGACAUGUGGCAGUUGCAGCGGUUAUAUGUGUUGGGUUUGUGUGCGACCGAUACGUGGGUAUGACCACUUUGCAAACAAUCCUGCGUGUAAUACGUUCACUAUUGAACAAGAUCGAAUGAUCGACAACCAAGAUUUAGCCCAAUUUAACUUUGACUACAUGCAUAUUCCUGUGCCCCCUCCUAGGAGAGAGAGAGUCAGAAAUCAGGGAAAUGAAAUCAAAGAUCGUUUAGCUGCAAAUCCCGGACUUAAGAACGAUCUUGCGUAUUGUGUCACAUGCAGGCAACCGAACCUCCGAGAGAACCAGAACAACCACGUGCGGUGCUGGAGCUGUAAAGCAAGUUUCUGUAUGCACUGUAACUCGAAGAUUAGCGGUCCUGUUGGGAGACAUUACGCUGGCCAGGGUUCCUGUCCACAGCACUCUUCUUGAUGAACAACGAAAUAAUUGAGAGUAUAUGAAAAUUGAUAGUGGAAAAAUUAUUGAUAUGUUUUUAAAAAAUAAUUAUAAAAAUUUGUAUUUAUUUUAGAUUGAGAAAUAUUGUUGUUUUUUAUGAUAUUUUGUUACAUGUUACGUCUGCUACUGUAUAUUUCAACUAAAUGCAGUUAUUUAUCAGACUGAUUUACUUCAUAUAUACAUAGAAGGGAGGUAUUUAUGUUAGGUACCAUUUAAGAAAUGUACCUUAUCACAGUUAUAAAAAAUCCGUACGCGCAGUCUUACCAUCAUGCUAAAAAAAAAGUCUGCAAAUAUACAACGGCUUUUGGUAUAAUCUUGUGAUGUUGAGAGAAUUGGAACACCUCUGAUCACGUCUGGAACUGUCAAGGAAGCUCUUGUAUGAGUAACAAUUAUUAACAUUGUUUUUGGAAAUGUAUGCUUAGCUGACAAAAUUUUCUGCUGUUUAUUUAAAUACAUUAAAAUAAUCAUAUCAUUUCCAUAAAAUGCACCUUUGUAUAGAUACUCAAUAUCACACACUUGACUGUGUAAAGAACUAUGUUUUCUACAUCUUAUUUGAGAUUUGCAUCUGAAUAAUUUUUGUGUCACCUGACUAGGCGACAUAUAGGGGUUACUUUUGUCAGCGGCAGCGGCGGUGGCGUCCCGUUUUCACUUGUCCGGGGCAUAUCUCGUAAACUAUUAGUGGUAUCAACUUAAAUAUCAUAUGUAGAUAGAUCUCAUUGAGGGCAAAUGCAGUGCACAAGAACAGUUACUCUUGCUUCCAUAUUAGUUAUUGCCCUUUGUUAAUUUUCAUGCUUAAAGUUUUGUCCGGGGCUUAUCUUGUAGAAUAUAAGAGUUAUCAACUUGAAUCUUCAUAUGUAGAUAGAUCUCAUGGAGGGCAAGUGCAGUGCACAAUAACAGUAACUCUUGCUUUCUUAAGUUUAGAGUAAUUGCCCUUUGUGAAUUUUCGUCCGUAAAGUUUUGUCCGGGGCAUAUCUUGAAGAAUAUAAGAGGGCAAGUGCAGUGCACAAGAACCGUAACUCUUGUAACCUAUAAUAAUUACACUCUUUUUGUGACUACCCACGUAAAAGAAAUUAUCCUUUUCAUAAUGCAGACUGUGAUCUGUUCAAAUACUUUCAUACUGCAAUAAUAAUAAUUGUUUACUAUAAUGUACACUUUAGAUUUUUGUAACAUUUAUAGAUAUUGCAAUUUAAUUGUUGUUUUCAUGUGUUAUACAUUUGUUAUUUCACCUACCUACACUGUUUUAGCAUGUAAACUUUAUACUCGUCUAUAUCUUUGUAAACAUACCAAUAAUGUACAAAAUGUAUUUAUUACAAUUUACAACUCCGAGGUAGCAGGAACCUUUAGUUACCUGUUAUCAAACGGGUAUAUUUUCCCUCAGUCAUGCUGUAUUUGAAGCAAAAUAUAUUGUCACAUUUAUUUAUUUAUAUUCAUGUGAAUUUCAAAACUGUGAUAUAUUUUUCAACGUUUAUAGAACCAAAAAUGCUGUUAGUACUGUUUUUCAUAUUUGUGAUAUGCAUGAUAUACAUACAUUUGUAGUCAUAAAAUAUGUUUUACAUGUGGUACUGCAUACUCUUUUAUUUAACCUCUUUCUGUAAACAGAUGAAAUAAACGGUAACUGUUUUAAGAA